AUGUCGUCGUCUUCCUCCUUUUCAACCAAGGUUGGCCAUGGCUUGGCCAAAGUUCUUGGUAUCAAACUUGAGAACCCAAAAGAGGACGAUGUCACUCGUGGAGAGUCAAUUCUAUCCUCACAGACCGGUAACACUUUUGUCGAAGGACAUCCUACCACAUCUGAAUGGCUUCAUGACCUGGUACCGCCGCCACAAGAAGCCGUGUCAUAUGUCCGGUCCCUGUUCCCCUUCCUCUCCUGGAUAGGGCACUACAAUCUUCAAUGGUUUGCUGGUGACCUUGUCGCAGGUAUUACUAUUGGCGCGAUUAUUGUGCCCCAGGGCAUGGCCUAUGCUUUGCUGGCCAAGCUCGAGCCUCAAUUUGGUCUCUACUCCUCCUUUAUGGGCGUUGUAAUCUAUUGGUUAUUUGGAACGUCCAAGGACAUCUCCAUUGGACCUGUGGCUGUGUUGUCGACAAUUGUUGGAACUGUUGUUGAAGAUAUCACCUCCGCUCCAGAAACCAAAGACAUUCCGCCUCAUGUCAUUGCUUCGGCCCUGUCCGUCAUUGCUGGGUGCAUUGUUUUGGCCAUGGGCCUUUUGAGAAUUGGUUGGAUCGUUGACCUGAUUUCCACUACGGCACUGGCGGCGUUCAUGACGGGUUCUGCCAUUACCAUUGCGUCUAGUCAGCUGCCUGCUCUCAUGGGUCUGCAUGACUUGUCAACAAGAGAUCCGGCAUACAAGAUCAUUAUCAACACCCUGAAGCAUCUUCCUGAGUCAAAAAUUGACGCAUCAUUGGGAUUGACUGCCCUGUUCUUAUUGUAUCUUAUUCGAUGGGCCCUUACAUCGGCCGCCGCACGGUUCCCUGCCCAUAAACGGAUCAUUUUCUUCAUGACUACUAUGCGGACCGUUCUUGUCAUCCUGCUGUAUACCAUGAUUAGCUGGCUAGUGAAUAUGCAUCGGAGGGACCAACCGAUGUUUAGGGUUAUUGGAAACGUGCCAAGUGGUUUCCGCAAUGCUGCUGUCCCCCAGUUUCCAAAGAAUAUCAUUUCGCGUUUCGGCUCUCAUCUGCCGGCCAUAGUCAUCGUCAUGCUUGUUGAGCACAUUGCUAUUUCCAAAUCCUUUGCCCGAAUCAACAACUAUGCCAUUGACCCUUCACAAGAAAUGGUUGCCAUUGGCAUGACUAACGUUUUUGGCCCGUUCCUAGGCGCUUAUCCAUCCACAGGCUCAUUUAGUCGAACAGCAAUCAAAUCCAAAGCGGGUGUCCGAACUCCGGCCGCCGGGGUCGUAUCUGGUAUUGUUGUACUGCUGGCCACGUACCUCUUGACCGCGGUCUUUUUCUACAUUCCUAGUGCAGCACUUGCAGCCGUCAUUAUCCACGCUGUUGGCGACCUCAUUACACCGCCGGAUACCGUUUACCGGUUUUGGCGUGUGUCCCCCCUCGAAAUGUUCGUCUUCUUCGUCGGCGUCUUUGUUAGUAUCUUCGCUCAGAUCGAAGAUGGUUUAUACGCCACCGUCGCUAUUUCAGCCGCCAUUCUCAUAUACCGCAUCUUAAAGGCACGCGGACGGUUCCUCGGCAGGGUGCGAGUUCACUCUGUCCUUGAUGACAACGUUAUUGGCGAGGAUCACAAGAAGGUGUACGGAGAGUACGGUACUUUCGACGGAGCAUCCCAAGGCCCUUCUCGAAACGUCUUCCUUCCUCUGGAUCAUGGAGACGGCUCCAACCCUGAAGUUGAGCUGGAGAACCCUUAUCCCGGCGUUUUCAUCUACCGUUUCUCUGAGGGAUUCAACUAUCCCAAUGCCAAUUAUACCUUGGAUUGUCUCACCGAUUUUAUCUUCUCACAAACCAGGCGUUCCAGCCCUGAGUUCUUUGAGCGUCCUGGCGACAGGCCCUGGAACAACCCUGGUCCGCGAAAAUCGGCAAAAUCUCCUCAGGAUGGCGAACUCGACGCAAAACCAACGCUCAAGGCCAUCAUCUUGGACUUAAGUUCCGUCAACAACGUUGAUGUUACUUCAGUCCAGCAACUCAUCGAUGUUCGAAACCAGCUUGAUAAAUACACCGCCCCCGACGUGGUAGACUGGCACAUCGCAUGCAUUAACAACCGCUGGACAAAGCGUGCCCUCAUUGCUGGAGGGUUUGGAAUCCCCACCAAGCCUCAGGACGGCCUACACCACAGGUGGAAGUCCAUAUUUAGCGUUGCUGAGAUGGGUGGCAAGAACUCUGCUGCCGCUGUGGCAGAGGUCGCUGCCAACGAGAGAGGCCUUCAAUCGAGCCACUCCCAUAUGUCUAAACUGGACGUUGAGAUGGGCCAAAGCUCUGAUUCGGACGAGGCUUCGACUAAGCCAGGCGAUGAGAAGGUGGAGGAAUCGGCGAAGAAAGUUCGACGAGGGGCGGUGGUUCAUGAUCUUAAUAGGCCUCUGUUUCAUGUUGACCUGACGAGCGCGGUGCAAAGUGCCAUCGCGAAUGUUGAAGCUAGAGAGGAGUUUAGAGCUGCAGCAGGACAGUCAACUUGA